CACACACACAAGCUCAGUCCAGCAGAGAGAGCAAAGCAUCACAACAUACAAGACCUUCGUUUUCCACACGCGGAUUUAGUCAGCCUACCUGUGAAAGAAGAAGGAAGAGAAGAAGAAAAGAAGAGAAAAAUGAACACCAACGACGCCAAGGAAUAUCUUUCCAGGCGGCAGAUCCCUCACCUUUUUGAGAGCAUGUUGACUGGCUUGAUGUACCACCGGCCCGAGGAUCCUUUGAGCUUUCUGGAAAACUGCUUGCAGAAAACACGAGAGCUUGGGGGUCCUGAAUGUGUGGCCUGGGACACCUUCAUCACGCCUGACAGGAAACCACUACCUCCUAUUAGUACUGCCCAGGGAAAGAAAGCCCCCUGUAAACUGGACAGUGGUCCUGGUCCUGGGCCUUACAGACGCUAUGACAGACUGCCCCCCAUUCAGGCUCAGUUCUCCAUUGAGAGUGAUUCUGACAUGACCGAGUCUUCUGGACUUAUACAGGAGUAUGAUGUCUUUGACCCAUCCAAACCACGGCCUCACAUCAUAUUCGUCAUAGGUGGACCAGGCAGUGGGAAGGGCACUCAGACGGCUAAGAUCGCGGCUCAUUAUGAUUUCGAAUGUGUAUCUGUGGGGGAAAUUUUGAGGAACCAGCUGCUGCACCAUGCACCCAGUGAUAGGAAGUGGGAGCUGAUUGCUCAGAUCAUCGCCAACGGAGAACUGGCACCUCAGGAGACAACUAUCGAGGAGCUGAAGCAUCAGUUCAUCAAGAAACAAGACGCCAAAGGCUUCAUUGUGGAUGGAUUCCCGCGGGAAAUAUCACAGGCAUUCACGUUUGAAGAACAAAUUGGCUCUCCAGACUUAGUGAUUCUUCUGGCGUGCUCCAAUCAGCAGCUCCGUCAGCGUCUGGAGAAACGUGCCUCACUGCAGGGUCGGCCUGAUGAUAACACUCACGCCAUCGAAAAAAGACUAGAAACCUUCAAGCACAACAUAACUCUCAUUGCCAAGUAUUACCAGGAGAAAGGACUGAUCAUUAGGGUUGAUGCCGAUCGAGAGGAAGAUGAUAUUUUCACAGAUAUCAAUGCCAUAGUGAAAGAGCGACUGUUUCCAGAUGACAUGAAGGAAGAGGAACCAUGCUGAAGAAUUUCCAGAGGGAUUAUGAGUGUAUUACUUCAACUAUCUCUGAAGUUUAGGGUGAAUCAGUUCUUUUUUAUUUGAAUCUUUUAUCCAAAUUGAAGGUUGAGGAAAAAAUACAGAUUGUCUCUCUUUACAGCCAAUUUGCUGUAUUCUAUGGCAUGACCAGCAUUUGUUAUCUGUAACUACAGUAAAUGCCAUGACCAUGUGAGAAUUUUCGGGCAUUUGGAUGGUAUCUUCUGUCUUUUUCAGUCUCAGCUGCUUUAAACUGUGCCUCUGUGUUACCCUGAGCACUGGUUAAUGUUCUCGUUAUUUCUAUACAGAAGUUAGCAGGGGUGGAAAUGCAGAUAUGGAGGUGCAUUUGAGGAGUGUUUCCUUUAAGAGACGUUUCUAUUUAAAUACACACUUCCUCAAGUUGUCAUCUUGUAAGUGAAAAAAAAAAA